AUGUACAGCUUCAUGGGAGGUGGGUUGUUCUGUGCUGGAGUUGGGAACAUACUCCUGAUUGUUUCUACAGCAACAGAUUACUGGAUGCAGUACCGCCACUCCAGUAACUACAUGCACCAGGGACUGUGGCGGUACUGUGUGCCUGGGAAAUGUAUGACGCACACAGACAGCAUCGCGUACUGGGAUGCCACCCGGGCCUUCAUGAUUCUCUCCCUGCUAGCUUGUUUCAUUGGCAUCGUGAUUGGCAUCAUGGCCUUCAUCCACUAUUCGUCCUUCGACGGGUUUGACAAGACAUUUGCAGCCGGGAUCCUCUUCUUCCUCUCCUCCUUCUUUGUGCUGCUGGCCAUGGCCGUCUACACUGGGGUGACAGUGAACUACUAUGGGAAACGCUAUGGCAGCUGGCGAUUCUCCUGGUCCUACAUCAUGGGCUGGGUGGCAGUAGUGCUCACCUUCUUCUCAGGUAUCUUCUACAUGUGUGCCUACCGGAUGCACGAAUGCCCAAGAAACUCUAACUCGCGCUGAAAUGCUUAAAGGUUUACCCACACAUGGCUAAGAUGAAGCAAUGUCAAAGUGAAUUUUUCCAGCAACUUCCUGUAAAUCAUAAGAAGCAAAAUAAAUGAGAAAACAUU